GGUACCCCAACAAGCACGCUGCAACAUGGAACUGAGACAUACACUCAGCGCUCAGAAAGCAAUGCCGCCUUUAUCCCUGAAAACACAGGUUUAGCAGUGAGCCCUUGAAGAUGAGAAUAGUUUCGUCUAGAGGAACGCACAGAUCACCUCAUCUUCUGAAGCAUUACAUGGUCUUUGUUAAACAGGCAUUUCAGGAGGGUUCGAGCAACACUGAUCAGAGGAUGGGGGUUCCGGUGCCCAAGCCGACCCCAAAGGUCCUACCAUAUCACCAACAGAAGCUAAGGUCACCUUACCAGUUGAGAGGGAUUCGACCCAAACCCACAUCCCAGGAGGAGCCUAAGCCAUUUCUCCUAGACCCGAAAAACUUUCCAGAAUUUUCUGGCGCAGACCUCCGAUCCCACAAUCCAAAUAUUCAGGUGACCAUUGAGGUUACGGACAGCCCCCAGAUCGAGCUGGACAUUGACCUGGUUGAGGGCCGCAGCGAGUGGUCACUGGCCUCCCUGGGUUGGCUGACGGGGAGAACACCAUUCCGGCUGCUUUUCUGGGAGCAUCCGGAACCCGAGGAUGGAGAAGGACACAGGGGCCCAGAGGACAGUGAGCAGGAACCCUCAGGCUGGGGUGGAGACCAGGACAGCCGUUUAAGGCAGGGCUGGGGGCCCACGGAUGAUUCCGGUCUGGACAGCUGUGAACAGUGGCUCCACUGUAAGAGCGACUUCCUGCAGCAGCUGCUCCUCGCGGAGCUGCCCAGCUGUCCCUGCUCCUACCCCUCGGAGGUCGUCUAUGGCGCCAUCAGCAUCUUCGACAAGCACCUGGGGAGGGCAUUCCUAUGGCGCGAUGCCAGCGGGCCCAAGGAGCAGCUGGGCGUGUACAGGGCAGCGGCACUGUUCUGCCUGCGCUCCACGCCGUCCCGGGGGGGCGCCCUGCCAGCCGCCCAGCAGUGCUGCUACGACGGGGACCUGCGGCUGCUGACGCGGGGUAGUGGGGCCGGAGUGCCUGAUCUCAUCAGCGCCGACUUUUCCCCAGAGCUGCACCACCGGCUGGACGUGCUGCCCUGGCUCCUGUGCAAGGGCGACUGGAGCCGCUUUCACGCUGCCCGGCCCCCCAACAACGGCCUGCGGUGCACUGAGAACCCGCCAGAGAAAGAGUACGGCCGGCAACUCGAGCAGGCACGCGAGUACUGA